GCUGCUGCCAGGCCCCUAAUCUGCCAUAGGCCCCUAUAUACCACCUCCUCCUGCUGCUGCCAGGUCCAGAGUCUCUCAUGGGUCCCUGUACGGCCUCCCAUUGCUGCUGUCUCCAUCGCCACACUCUGCUGCCAUGUGCCACUUUCAGGUCUCUUCACACUGCUGAUGCCAGGCCCCUAAUCUGCCAUGGGCCCCUAUAUACCACUCCUCAUGCUGCUGCCAGGUCCAGAGUCUCUCAUGGGUCCCUGUACGGCCUCCCAUUGCUGCUGUCUCCAUCGCCACACUCUGCUGCCAUGUGCCACUUUCAGGUCUCUUCACACUGCUGGUGUGUUAAAUUUUUUUGAC